AUGGCCUCCAGGCUCGUUCUAGUGAUCGGCGACCUGUUCAUCCCUGAUCGCGCCCCUGACAUCCCAGCCAAGUUCAAAAAACUCCUCACCCCGGGCAAAAUCGGACAGAUCAUCUGCCUGGGCAACCUGACCGACCGCGAAACCUACGAGUACCUGCGCACCAUCGCGCCGGACCUGCAGCUCGUCAAGGGCGAUUUUGACACCGAGAACCCUUACUCCGCCAACACCACCACCACCAAUCCCUCCUCCUCCGCCGCCCCCGCUUCCUCCUCGGCAACCGCGUCAUCAUCCUCCAUCCCCCUCUCCAAAGUGAUCACGCACGGUUCCCUCCGCAUCGGCUUCACGCAUGGCCACACCAUCAUCCCGCAGGGGGAUGCGGAUGCGUUGCUGAUCGCGGCGAGGCAGAUGGAUGUCGAUGUGCUGCUCUGGGGGGGCACGCACCGGUUCGAGGCAGGCGGAGGCCGAGGAGCCUACCCCCAGUUUUUGUUUGAUGGAUAUGUCCUAGUCCUCUACGUCUACCAGUUACGAACCGACGCCAACGGAGCGGAGAAUGUGGGUGUGGAGAAGGUGUCUUUCAGAAAGCAGAAUCCCGCUGCUGCUGCUACUACUGCUGCUGCUGCAUGA